CCCGCCGAUCGCUCGCUGGUGGGAUGAAGAAAUGCUCCGGCGUGCUCUUCAUCCUCACACUCGCCGUCGUGCUCUUCCUCCUCUCGCCGUCGCCCUCCCCCACUCCACCCCCCAACACCGCACCCAAUGGCCCGAUCACCGACCUCCUCCCCACCCUCCCCGGCCUUUCGGACCUCUACCCUCCCGCUCCCAACUCCACUGCACAUCUCUCCUGGGGCCUCCUCCGCCCGCUCCUCUGCCGCUCCGACGCGCUCCCGGGAACCUCUGCAGGCGUCCUCGAGGCAGCCGAAGCCUGGCGGAAUCUCACCCUGGCUGUCACCGCCGCGGCAAGCGAGGAGGAGGCGCGUCUCCAAGGACUCCGCUGCUCAUCGUCCGUGGGAGGGGAUCUACGCACGGGACGUGCCACACUCCCCUGCGGGCUCUCGGAGGGCGCGGCAUUGACGGUGGUCGGGAUUCUCAGGGAGGGGGCGGCCAAGUUCUGGGUGGAAAUGCUGGGUGCGAACGGUGAGGUUGUGCUGCACGUCAAUGUGAGCCUGGGAGCCGCGGGGGUGUUGGUGGAGCAGAAUUCCUGGACGCCAGAGGAGGGGUGGGGGGAGUGGGAGCGGUGCCCGCCUGUUGGUGAUGUGGGCAGCAGCAAUAGCAGCUUGCAGCUAAGUCCAGUGGACGGCCUUGUUCAUUGCAAUGAGAAAGUGGGUGCAAGGAUCGUCCAGGAGAGUAAUAAUACUGUGGUAAAUAUUACUGGGAACCAACCUGAAGAUUGGCAGAGUCAAACAGGACAUGGUCAGUUAAGUGGACGUUUCUCAAUUGUUGAAGGAGAGCCUUUUACAGUAACACUGUGGGCUGGUGUAGAGGGGUUCCAUAUGACAGUAAAUGGGCGGCAUGAGACAUCAUUUGCCUAUAGAGAGAGGUCAGAGCCAUGGUUGGUAGCAGAAGUCAUGUUUUCUGGUGAUUUGGAGCUCUUGUCAUUCUUGGCUAAUGAGUUACCAGUAUCAGAAGAUAUAGACAUGGAAAAUGUUGCAGUUUUGAAGGCCCCACCUCUGCCAAAGAAGCAAACUUUUCUGCUGGUUGGUGUUUUCUCUACUGGAAACAACUUCAAGCGGCGGAUGGCUUUGAGGCGAACAUGGAUGCAAUAUGAGGCUGUUCGCUCAGGCGAUGUAGUAGUCCGUUUUUUCACUGGUCUUCACAAGAAUGAGCAAGUCAAUAUGGAGUUAUGGAGAGAGGCUCAAUUAUAUGGUGAUAUCCAAUUGAUGCCCUUCGUUGACUACUAUACUUUGAUCACUUUGAAGACCAUAUCAAUUUGCAUUUUCGGAACAAAAAUUGUUCCUGCAAAGUACAUCAUGAAAACGGAUGACGAUGCUUUUGUUAGGAUCGAUGAAGUGAUCUCGAGCCUAAAGAAGAGCAAUUCCAAUGGCCUUCUUUAUGGUCUCAUUUCUUUCCAAUCUUCCCCCCACAGAGACAAGGGUAGCAAAUGGUUCAUCAGUCGGAAGGAAUGGCCCUUCGACAUGUACCCGCCAUGGGCUCAUGGCCCUGGAUACGUAAUCUCACGUGACAUCGCUAAGUUUGUAGUCCAAGGCCACCAGGAACUGACUCUUCAGCUUUUCAAACUUGAAGACGUGGCAAUGGGUAUUUGGAUCCAACAGUACAAGAACAGUGGGCAGCAAGUAAACAUUGUGACUGAUGACCGGUUCUACAAUGAAGGAUGCGAAGCUGACUACGUCCUUGCCCACUACCAGACCCCGAGGCUUAUGAUGUGUCUGUGGGAGAAGCUGAAGACGGAAUAUCAUGCUAUAUGCUGUGAAUAGCAUCCGAAUUGCAAGUAGGAGGCGAUAGAGGAAUGGAUAGAUAGAGGAAUGGAUAGGUUAGCCUUGGUUUUGAAGAAGACAUUUGCUCCGAUUUUGACGCUGUGUGGAAAAUUGUUGGGACUAUGCGCAAAAAGCCUGUAACAUUGGGUUCUCACUUCUGUUCUGUGGCCUGUGGGUUCAUGUUCUUUGUUUUUGGGUAGAAAAUGUUAAUCCGUGCAACUUGAUGGAUGUUGUAAAAAGAGUGUUGUAGGACAUUUGAGAGAGUUUAUCUGGCACAACCUCUCAAGUUAUUGGAUCCAUAUACACCUGCACUCGUCCUAUA